UUUAAACAUUCCUUACUCUCCUCUCUCUCCUUUCAAAAACCCUCCCUCCCUCUUCACUCUAUCCUCUCUACCUCUUCUAUCUCACUCUCACUGUGUGUUUGCUUGUGUUUGAGGAACUCACCACUCUCUUAAAGUUCUCACCUUUUGAGUUUGAGCUGGUACAAAAGACUUUUAGCUUCAGGAUUUGAAGUGUAAAGCUCAAGAAUUUACCCAGAUUGAACAAGGAAAAUUUCACUUGCCGAGAAAAUGGUAGGACCAAACUUCAUGGACGAGAUUGACUGCGGAAGCUUCUUCGACCACAUCGACGACCUCCUUGAUUUCCCUGUUGAGGACGUCGACGGCGCCGCCUCCUCCUUGCCUUCCGUCGCCUCCUCCGCCGCUGCUAACUGCAACUCGCUGGCUAGCAUCUGGCCCGCUGAGUCAGAGUCAUUUCCCUGCUCCGACUCGGUGUUUUCCGGCAACAGCGCUUCGGGCCUGUCGGCGGAGCUCUCUGUUCCGUAUGAAGACAUUGUCCAAUUGGAAUGGCUAUCCAAUUUUGUGGAGGACUCAUUCUCUGGUGGCAGCCUCACCAUGAAGAAAGUGGAGCAGCCAUCAUCAUGCACCACAAAGGAGGACUCAGUGCAUAACCAAUUCCAGACAUCAAGCCCAGUUUCUGUCCUGGAAAGCAGCAGUUCCUGCUCCGGUGGGAAGACCACCACCGCUCCUCGCAGCCCUGAGAUUCACAUCCCCGUGCCAUGUGGGCGUGCACGCAGCAAGCGUCCACGCCCUGCAACCUUCAAUCCUCGUCCUGCCAUGCAGCUCAUUUCCCCUGCUUCCUCUUUUGUUGGGGAGAACAUGCAGCCUAAUGUCAUCUCAACCAAGGCCUAUUCUGAUUCUGAGAAUUUUGCUGAGUCUCAACCUGUUAUCAAGAUACCAAAGCAAGCUUGUGGGGAGCCUAAGAAGAAAAAGAAAACCAAAAUGCCACUUCCAGUAUGUCCAGCUGAUAGCAAUCAGAAUGCUUCACAACCGGCUAGGAAAUGUAUGCAUUGUGAGAUAACUAAGACACCACAGUGGAGGGCAGGGCCAAUGGGGCCAAAAACACUCUGCAAUGCAUGUGGUGUUCGCUACAAGUCCGGUCGGCUCUUCCCGGAAUACCGGCCUGCUGCAAGUCCAACUUUUUGCCCAUCCGUGCACUCCAAUUCCCAUAAGAAGGUCCUGGAAAUGAGAUGCAAGACUAUUGAUAAUUCUGAUUUUGCAACCCAUUCAGCUGCCUCACCUGAACUCAUUCCAAACACUAACGGCAGCCUGUCCCUGGAAUACAUGUGAGGGGAGGAAUGUUCCUAGUCGGAGAUUUCUCUUUCAUUUCCCACCCUCUAGAGUCAUGUCUUAUGUUAUUUCUUAUUGAUAUUUCAUUUCUUUGGUUAAUUGGUUUCUGUACAGGGUUGGACUAGGGGAAUAGGAGUAAUAGAUAAUGUCGAUCAUAUUUUAGCUGUUAGAGGAAGAUUGUUAGAACUGAAGAAAAAAGGGGUAGAGAUAAUGGAAGUCAAAAGGGUAGGGUCUUAGGUCUAGUAAUUGUAGGUCUCUUUAAGAUUAUUAGGAGUUGGUGUCCCCGUUGUCUUCUUUCUUUUCUUUUUUAUAUCUUGGCAUUCUUUUCAUUUUUUGCUCUUUUUAUAUAUAUCCCUAUCCGUGGGAAUUCUUUUUGCAGUUCAUUUGUAGCACAAAUUCUGAGUUGAGUAAGAAACUUUAAAAUUUGUAAU